AUGAGUCCUUUGGAAAAGGAACCCUCCGAUCCGUCACUCAAUACCAGUGAAACUAAGCCUGCAGCCGGAGAAGGAGAGACAGAAGUCUUCACCAAAUUGCCGAGUAGAUCCCAUCUGUCCCUUCGUGCUGUCCAACCUGUUGACGUUGAAGUAAACGAUCUCGGCCUCCAUGUUGAUACCACUCCCUCAAUAUUCCAGAACCCUGCGGCUGCAAUAUGGACCCGCCUUUCUUCGCGGCACCGGGCCACAUUUAAAACAGUCCUUGAUGGUGUGACUGCUAGCAUGCCCCAUGGUACCCUCACGGCGAUUAUAGGGGGCAGCGGGUCGGGGAAGACAAGCUUAUUAAAUGUUAUCGCUGGUCGUAUGGGGACUAGCCGUAUGAAAGUGACAGGAGCUGUCAAAUUUAACUCAACCGGGAAUAUAAUCGGCAAUCUAAGUGCAUAUUUGAUGCAGCAGGAUGUUUUAAUACCCACCCUGACCGUACGAGAAACACUCCAAUACUCAGCAGACCUGAGAUUACCUCCCCCUACGACUGCGGAAGAACGGUGUGCUAUCGUCGAGAGGGUAAUACUUGAGCUAGGAUUGAAAGAAUGCGCCGAUACCAGGAUAGGGAAUACCUCGCAUAAAGGCUGCAGUGGUGGCGAAAGGAGACGUACAAGCAUUGGUGUUCAAAUGUUAGGGAACCCUUCGAUACUCUUCUGCGAUGAGCCAACGACAGGGCUUGAUGCAACAAGUGCAUACCAAGUCGUCAGAAGCCUGAAGAAACUAGCCUUAGAUGGACGGACAAUCGUCAUCUCUAUUCAUUCUCCUCGGUCAGAGAUCUGGGGCUUGUUCGAUAAAGUUGUGCUACUCUCUCGUGGGUCUGUACUUUACAGCGGAAAAGCGGACGAAUCUCUUUCACACUUCGAGAAGCAAGGCCAUUCUAUACCUCCCUUUGUUAAUCCUGCUGAGUUCUUGAUAGACCUAGCGGCGUACGAUAACAGAACCAUUGAAGCCGAAUUAGCCUCGCGGAACCGUGUGGAAAGCCUCAGGGUGGCCUGGAAGGAAUCUUCAAGAGCCAGCUCCAAGAAAGAUGAAACGGCCCCGACAGAUGGGCAACCUGUUUCUCACACUGGUAAGCAAGAAAGCGUCGGCUUUACGAGGCAAUUUCAAGUUCUGACAGCCCGAACCAUUAAAAUGACUAUCCGAGAUCCCAUGGGGAUGACAAGUUGCCUAUUUGAGGCAAUUGGUAUGGCUGUUCUUAAUGGUUGGGUGUACCUUCGGCUUGAUGGUUCUCUGACUGGUAUUCGAUCACGGCAGGGGAGUUUAUAUACUGCAAGCAGCCUCAACGGGUAUAUCAUUCUACUCUACGAAAUAUUUCGACUAACAACUGAUAUACAACUCUUUGAUCGUGAAAGGAAUGAAGGUGUUGUUAGCGUCUCUGCCUUCCUACUAAGUCGACGGGCCGCUAGGUUGUUCCUAGAAGAUCUGCCAGUCCCUAUACUCUUUUCAACUAUUUUCUACUUCAUGGUUGGAUACCGACUGGCUGCUGCCGAGUUCUUCAUUUUCCUGGUGCUAAAUAUACUCACACAGUACACAGCUAUUACCUUCGCGGCUGUUUGUAUUAGUAUUUGCAGGCACUUUCCCGGUGCGAGCUUGGCUGGAAACCUCUCUUAUACCCUACAAACAGUAGCGUGUGGAUAUUUUGUCCAGGUCAACCAGAUUCCAAUUUAUGUGCGAUGGGUUAAAUGGGCUGCCUAUACCUUUUAUGCCUUCAGUGCAUUAUGUGCCAACGAGUUUAUUGGGCCUAAAGGCUCUGAAUACGGACAGUUCUAUGAUUGUCCGUAUUCAAAAGAUCCUGCAAAUCCUCUAUGCAAGGAAUACACGGGUCGGUUCAUUAUUGACAGCCUUGGAAUACCUCACGACUGGAUAUGGCGCCCAAUCGUGGCGCUUGCCUCUUUCGCUGUUUUUUUCUAUAUACUUGCCGGUCUGAUACUGAAAUAUAACAAGGUUAAUAUUGCUGUUGCCCAACCGCGAAAUGCGGAGAAGGACAUGUCAGUUGGCAAAGAGAAGUUUGUCGCCCGGCCUCCAGGGGAUAGCCGCCAGGUAUCUAUCAAGCUUCAGAAGUAUUCUUUAGAUAUCCAAAAGCGUUCAUUUACUCAGCAUGGAUUCCGGUUGAAGACUCUUAGCAUUAUUAAACCUAUCACCACGGAGCUUGAACCUGGAAAAUUGAAUGUUAUUAUGGGGCCUUCCGGGAGCGGGAAGACGUCGCUUUUGUGCUCAAUCGCAAAUAGGUUGCAGGGCUCUGUAGGGACACGGUACUAUGUUGGUGGUGAUAUGCUAUAUAAUGGUGCUACCCCUUCGAGAGACGUCGUUAGAUCGGUCACUUCCUUUGUCACACAAGAUGAUGAUGCUUUGAUGCCGUCCUUGACUGUUCGCGAAUCACUGGAAUUUGCUGCUGGGUUACGACUACCCUCAUGGAUGUCAAAAGAGGAGAAGAACCAGCGAGCGGAGGCAAUCUUAUUAAAGAUGGGCUUGAAAGACUGUGCAAAUAAUUUAAUCGGAAGCGAUCUGAUCAAGGGUAUCAGUGGCGGUGAGAAGAGAAGGGUGUCUAUCGCUAUCCAAAUCCUUACGGAUCCAAAAAUUCUACUGCUUGACGAACCCACUUCGGGUUUGGAUGUCUUCACUGCCACAUCCAUUAUCGAGGUUUUGAACGGAUUAGCCGCCGAGGGAAGGACUCUCAUAUUAACGAUACACCAGUCAAGAUCUGAUAUCUUCCAAUAUUUCUCUAAUGUACUUCUAAUUGCAAGAGGUGGGUACCCUGUUUAUGCUGGUAGCGGGCCAAGCAUGCUCCCUCACUUUGAGUCGCUUGGGUAUGAAUGCCCUCAAACUACCAACCCAACAGAUUUUGCCCUUGAUUUAAUUACCGUGGACUUGCAGGCAAGUUCAAGAGAGGCUGCUACUCGUGCCAAAGUACAAAACUUGAUUGAAAAUUGGGAGAUCAAUCGUCACGAUGACGGAGCAGUCGCACCCAUAAUUGCGACACCUGCAGAGUUGGGUAGCCUAAAGAGGAAACCUACCGGAUUUCCUUCCAUGUUUGCAUUGGUCCUUCGGAGAUCAGCUAUCAACUUGAGGAGACAGCCAUAUCUUCUUCUUGCACGAACGAUGCAGGUAAUUGGCGUUGCAAUAAUUAUGGCUUUGUUUUUUGCGCCGUUGAAAGAUGAUUAUGAAGCUGUACAGUCGAGAAUGGGAGCUGUGCAACAGAUUACAGCCUUAUACUUUGUUGGUAUGAUUCUACCUCCGCAGAUCCAAAUUAUACCAGUACUGAUGUGUAUUGUAGGAAUGCUUCAAAAUAUAGCUAUCUAUCCCUAUGAGCGGGAUGUCUUCUACCGCGAGGAAAGCGAUGAUUGUUACUCCCCCGAAGCAUUCAUCUUACAGUACACGACACUGGAAGUUCCAUUCGAAAUCGUAUCGUCUCUUUUAUAUGGCAUUAUCUCUGCGUAUGCUAUCGGUGUAAAACGAACAGCAACAAUGCUAUUUGUCUCAUCAUUCAACGCUUUUUGUGUCACUAGUUGCGGCGAAUCACUUGGCAUUAUGUUCUGCACUUUGUUCUCGCAUGUUGGAUUUUCAGUCAACAUAACCUCGAUCGUUCUAUCGAUAGCAACCGUCCUAGGCGGUGUCAUGAGCCUUAACAUUCCUUCGGUUCUGCAGGCUAUUAACCAUCUUUCCCCGGUUAAAUACUCAAUAUCCAACCUGGCACCUUACUCCAUGAAUGGGCGCACGUUUACCUGCGCUGAUAAUCAACGUCUUCCAAACGGGCAUUGUCCAAUUGAGACUGGCAAACAGGUCCUGUUACUCUACAAUCUAGAUAAGGACCCGAAAAUCAACCUAAUGGCACUUGGCAUAUGUGUGAUUGGUUACAGGCUGGUUGCAUACGCAUUAAUUAAAGUUGUUCGAAGCCGCGCGGCUUGGGAGAACAUACGAGGCAGAUUUUCGAAGUCACAUAAGAGUACCAAAAGCCUCGCAGCGUGA